AUGGCGACGAACGGCACCAAAGCGGAUGGACAGGUGACAGAGCUCAACGAGGUGGCAACAAAUAACGACAAGCCCAAGACAUUGGACGUGAAAGGGGGCGAAAAGAAAAAAGAUUUGCCUGCCAGGGAAACAUGGGCGGGAAAAUUUGAUUUCCUCCUGUCGUGUGUGGGUUAUGCAAUUGGACUUGGAAACGUGUGGAGAUUUCCGUAUCUCUGUGGAAAAAAUGGUGGAGGAGCCUUCUUGAUCCCAUAUUUCUUGACUCUCAUAUUUGCUGGGAUGCCAUUGUUUCUGCUGGAAUGCUCACUUGGUCAAUACACCUCCAUUGGAGGGCUGGGUGUGUGGAAACUGGCGCCUAUGUUUAAAGGUGUGGGCCUCGCAGCUGCUGUUUUGUCCUUCUGGCUCAAUAUUUACUACAUUGUAAUUAUUUCCUGGGCCAUUUACUACCUGUACAACUCCUUUACCACUGACCUUCCCUGGAGCUCAUGUAACAACGCAUGGAACACAGAAAAGUGUUACACAAACUACAGCAUUGCAGACACCACCAACCUGACCAGUUCUGUGCUGGAGUUCUGGGAGCGCAACAUGCACGAAAUGACCGAUGGCUUGGAAAAACCAGGCCAGAUUCGAGUGCCACUGGCAAUAACACUGGCCAUUGCUUGGGUCCUUGUGUACUUCUGUAUCUGGAAAGGGGUUAGCUGGACAGGGAAGGUUGUGUACUUCUCUGCCACGUAUCCUUACUUCAUGCUGUUUAUCCUCUUCUGCCGUGGGGUCACUCUCCCAGGAGCUCUUGAUGGAAUUAGGUUCUACGUGACCCCCGAUUUUGAGAAACUGAAAGAAUCCGAGGUCUGGCUGGAUGCAGCAACACAAAUCUUUUUCUCUUAUGGCCUGGGUCUGGGCUCGCUUAUAGCUCUGGGCAGUUACAAUCCUUUCAACAACAAUGUUUACAGAGACUCUAUCAUUGUGUGCUGUAUCAACUCAUGUACCAGCAUGUUCGCUGGCUUUGUCAUCUUCUCCAUUGUUGGUUUCAUGUCACAUGUGACAAAGAGACCCAUUGCUGAUGUAGCAGCGUCAGGUCCUGGCCUGGCCUUCUUAGCCUAUCCGGAGGCAGUCACCCAGCUGCCUGUGUCUCCUCUCUGGGCCAUCCUGUUCUUCUCCAUGCUGCUCAUGCUGGGGAUUGACAGUCAGUUCUGCACGGUGGAAGGCUUCAUUACCGCUCUGGUGGAUGAAUUUCCCAGAGCUCUUAGGGGCAGGAGAGAGCUAUUCAUUGCAGCUGUGUGUGUGGUGUCCUAUGUGAUCGGACUGUCAAACAUCACGCAGGGUGGGAUCUAUGUGUUCAAACUGUUUGACUACUACUCUGCCAGUGGAAUGUGUCUGCUGUUCUUGGUCUUCUUUGAAUGCAUCUCCAUAUCCUGGUGCUACGGUGUGAACAAGUUCUAUGACAACAUCGAGGAGAUGAUUGGCUACAAGCCCUGUCUAUGGUGGAAGCUGUGCUGGGUUGUGUUUACUCCUCUCAUUGUUGGUGGUGUUUUCCUGUUCAGUGCCAUACAAAUGGUUCCUCUCAAAAUGGGAGACUACGUGUUCCCGGGCUGGGGUCAGGGAGUAGGCUGGCUCAUGGCACUGUCCUCCAUGGUCCUCAUCCCCGGAUACAUGAUAUACAUGUUCGUAGGACUGAAGGGGACCUACAAAGAGCGACUUCGGAUAAUGCUCCAGCCGCCUGCAGUGACCAGGAGGCCUCAGGAGAACGGCCCGGAUCAGAUUGUGGAGACCAACACCGCAAACCUGUCCAGUCCCACCAACGCAGCCAGUCCCUCAUCCCAGGCCCCUGCCAACGCAGCCAGCCCCGUCAACCCCGCCCCGGUCCCCAGCCCCAACCCGGUGACCAGCGCCAGCGCGGCCCCUCUCCCCGCCAACCCUCCCACCGUGUCCAGUCCGUCAAAUCCAGCAGCAAGCCCAACCACCGCUGUCAUCACCACAACCACCACUGUAAGCGCCAGUGCGGUCACCAAAAGUAGCCCGACCAGCGCCGCCCCGGCUGUCGGGAGCCCGGUGGACACGGUGACCCCCCCGAGCACAACGACCGCCACCUCCAACCUGACCAAUGCAGAGGCCAACGUGUAG